AUGAACAUAUCAAAGUUCUUCAUUGAUCGUCCGAUCUUUGCGGGCGUACUAUCCGUGGUGAUCCUGCUUGCAGGGUUGAUAGCAAUAUUUAAAUUGCCGAUUUCUGAGUACCCAGAGGUCGUUCCGCCCUCGGUCACAAUCAGCGCACAGUAUCCUGGAGCGAACCCAAAAGUCAUUGCCGAGACAGUUGCUGCGCCGCUUGAGGAAAAAAUUAACGGCGUUGAGAAUAUGCUGUAUAUGCAGUCCCAAGCGAACAGUGACGGUAACCUGACCAUCACUGUAACUUUCGCAUUAGGAACUGACCCGGACUUGGCUACCCAGUUGGUACAGAACCGAGUCAAUCAAGCAUUGCCACGAUUGCCCGAAGAUGUACAACGAUUGGAGUGUUACUACGCUCAAAAGCUCUUCCUCAUUAGUUCUUUUUCUGCACCUCGUGUCGCCGAA